AUGAAGAAUUAUAUCUGCUCGAUCUUGUUGCUGAUAUGCGGGCUGGCACAUUUUGCUACCCAAGUACAAGGUGACUGCCAAUUCGGAGCCGAGGUUCUAAAAGUUGGUUUAAAGACGAUUCCACCAUGCAGUGGAAUAGUUUGUAAUCAGGAUGGUACAAUUUAUACAGUCAAAUGUCGACCAGGUUUGUGUGGAUACAAUGAAGACUAUGUGGGUCGUAUAUAUGAGGAUGGUAACAAACCAUAUCCAGUAUGUUUAAGAGACAUUGCACAAAGAUUCGGAGUGUGCACAACUACAAUUUUUAGACAAAAUAACAGAGUGAUGGAUUUUUUGUGUGAUAUAGCUGAAAACGUCAUUAAAUUUUCUGCUGCUAAAGAAGAUUCUGCAAACGAAUUCUUUCAAAUUGCUGGAUUUCCAAAAGUUCUUGGCUGCAUUGAUGGGACUUUCAUUAAAGUACGAACGCCAGCUCACAAAAUAAAAUCUACAUAUGUAAAUAGACAUGACAUCCCUUCAAUAACACUACAGGGUAUAUGCGAUGCUCGAAAGAGAUUCAUAGACACGUUUACAGGAAUUCCGUCAAAAAUUCACGAUACGCGUGUCCUCAAAUUGUCUGAUAUUUACGACGAGUUGCCAGGAAUAUGUGACGGUGGAAAAUAUCACAUCCUAGGAGCGUACCCAAUUAGAGAAUGGCUUAUUACGCCAUUCAAAGAUUAUGGAAAUCUUUCUGCUGAUGAAAGAAAAUUCAACAAAAUGCUGUCUGCGACUCGUGUAUUAAUAGAAAAUACAUUCGGGCUACUAAAAGGUCGAUUUCGACAAUUAAUAGAAGUAGACAUGCAGAAUGUAGAUAAGAUUUCUAAAUUUAUUAUAUCUUGUUGCGUGUUACACAAUCUGUGUAUUAAUAAUAAUGAUUUUUCUCUUCGGAUUAACACAGCAACUCCCAUUUAAAACAAUUUCUCGACUUUCCCUCUAAAUAUUCCUUAAAUCUCGACGUAAAAAUGAAUGUUCUAUUUCCAUUCUUAAAUCUUAAGUUCUGAUUUGAAUUAAUAGUUAUGAAUCUCCACGCAUAAUUCUGAAUUUAUUAAAGAAUAAAGUAAUUCCAUCUCCUCCUCAUAUACGGACUUACCAUAAUGUUAAAAUUCAACUUAUUCGUUAACUCGAUCUCUUCCGUUUAAUAAACAUAAUAAGAUUGUAAUUUAAUAACUAAUCACUUUCCGGUAAUUUCAAGCACUACUAAUGUAUAUUCGCUACCAAUAAUGUAUGCCGAUUUUAACCUCUUUAUUUUCCUCUGAUCUUUAUAAUCUGUUCGAUUAUCUUUCUGUUCGAUUUUUGUGUCAAGUUAUAUAACAACAAUGUACGUAAGACCCACAUUUCAAAAUAUAUGUUAAAUUUUAAUUUUUAAAUCUAACCAAUUUAUUUAAUCAAGAUCGUCAU